CCCUGUCAACAUGAAAACACUGGUCUUGUCCUUGCUGGUGGCUGUGGCUGUGGCUGAGAGACCGUCCCUCUCCUACAACGCCCCUGCACCCCACACAUCCUCGCCCGUUCAGCAGAUCCCCAUCAUCCGCGACGAGCGAGUCCAUCCUGCCGCCGACGGCACUUACAGCUUUGACGUUGAGACUGGAGAUGGCAUCGUCAGGAGCGAGUCUGGCGGCCCAGGUGGCGCUCAGCAGGGAACUGUGAGCUUCACCUUCCCAGAUGGCCAAGUCUUCGACCUUCAGUUCGUCGCUAACGCUAAUGGUUACCAACCUCAGUCGCCCUUCCUGCCCGUCGCCCCUGCAUUCCCCCACCCAAUCCCCGCCCACGCCCUCGAGCAGAUCGAACGUGGUCGACUUGAACUCGAAGCUCGCGCCCGCGAAGAACAACGUCAGUCAUCAAGCCAGGGACAAGCCAACCCUUCUCGCCACUAUGGUCAGCCUCAAUGAAGAGUUGGUCCUGUCCUUGCUGGUGGCUGUGGCUGUGGCUGAGGGACCGUCCAUUUCCUACGACGCCCCUGCACACAACACAUCCUCGCCCGUUCAGCAGAUCCCCAUCAUCCGCGACGAGCGAGUCCAACUUGGGGAUGGCAUUGUUAGGCAUAUAUACCUUCACCUUCCAAGAUGGUCAAGUCUUCGAAAUUCAGUUCGUCGCUAACGCUAAUGGUUACCAACCUCAUUCGUCCUUCCUGCCCGUCGUCCCUGCCUUGCCCUACCCAAUCCCUGCCCACGCCCUCGAGCAGAUCGAGCGUGGCCGACUUGAACAACGUCAGUCCUCAAGCCAGGGACAAGCCAACACUUCUCGUCACUACGGUCAAUCUCAAUGAAGAGGUCUUUAGUGAACUUUGAAUCUUCUAUAUUUAUUGUAUUGUUUAGCAUAAAUAUAAAAAGUUAA